AUGAACGGGGGAAGGGACGUCUUCGAACUCCCACACCCAGAAGGGCAGGUUGUCCCUGAGGAUCUUGGUGCGCUUGCCGACUUGCACGCCGGCACAAUCCAAAAGCACUUUUCCAACAAACCGGGAAUCAUACUCGCAGGCUACUCUGCUGGGGGCACUGUCGCAUACGCUGUGGCUUCUAGGCUGGCUAGGGCUGCCGAUCAGCCUCGGCUGGCGGGCUUCGUCCUGGUUGACACGUAUCUCAGCAUGACGGGCAGGGGCGAUCCAGACUGGCUGAACGCGCUACCAGCCGAGGCCCUCGUGUCACGUCUCGGAGGCCCUAAUUUAGGUGGCCGCAAGGGCAUGGGCGGCGAAAGCCUCGUCGGAGAUCUGGACCUGGAACUGGCCAAGGUGGGCGGAUAUUUCAGGACGCUGCUGGACUGGGACGUGGAGUUACAUCCCCUUCCUGACGCAUUACCCACGCUGUUCGUGCGUGCCCUGGACCCAUCAGACAAGAUGCCCAACGACGCAAACGUGUGGCGUCCCGGCCACGUGCAAACGUUACAGUUGAUGUCCCCGGAAGCCAUAUGGCUCUCCUCGAUAAGCGGUAUGCUCCUGCUAUUGCCGUCGAGAUUCAACGAUGGGCGAGUGAGCAUUUGA